AUGAAUCUCUGGCGAUUCAAAACUAUACGAUUAUCCUUUUACGUCACACAGGACCAGCUGAUGAAGCUGUUCACUCCAUUCGGAGUAGUUACAGAAGUUGAUCUCGUGAUCGAUCCUAGAACUAAAAGGCCCAAGGGGUUUGGGUUUGUCUCCUACAAGUCUCAUAUUGAAGCGGAAAAGGCUAUGAAAUCGAUGAAUGGCAGGGCAAGUGCACCCAUGCAGAAAAUUGUUGAUGGAAGGCUGCUUUUGGUUGAACCUGCCAAUAAAUGA